GGAUCUACCCAUAACCCACUGCCAUGGCUGAGGAAGGCAUUGCUGCUGGAGGUGUAAUGGACAUCAAUACUGCUUUGCAAGAGGUGCUGAAGACUGCCCUCAUCCACGAUGGCCACGCGUACGGAAUUCGCGAAGCUGCUAAAACCUUAGACAAGCGCCAAGCCCACCUUUGUGUACUUGCAUCCAACUGUGAUGAGCUUAUGUACGUCAAAUUGGUGAAGGCUCUUUGUGCUGAACACCAAAUCAACCUCAUUAAGGUCGACGACGACAAGAAACUGGGUGAGUGGGUAGGCCUCUGUAAAAUCGACAGAGAGGGAAAACCCCGUAAAGUGGUUGGUUGCAGUUGUGUGGUGAUUAAGGACUAUGGCAAAGAGUCUCAGGCAAAGGAUAUCAAUGAGGAGUACUUCAAAUGCAAGAAAUGAACCAAUAAACUUGGCUUUUGUUUAUUUUUUAAAAAAUGGAAAAGGACCAGUUAGAAAUUAAGCAUACACUGACUGAAAUAAAGAAAAAUAUACAGAAAUUCAACAGUAAACUAGAGGAUCCCAAGAAUCAAGUCAAAGGUUUGAAAUACAAAGAAGCAAAAAACACCCAACUAGAAAAACAAAAAGAAAAAAGAAUCCAAAAAUAUGAAGAUAGUGUAAGGAGCCUCUGGGACAACUUCAAGCGUACCAACAUCCAAAUUAUGGGGUUACCAGAAGAAGAGAGAGAGCAAGAUAUUGAAAACCUAUUUGAAGAAAUAAUGACAGAAAACUUCCCCUACCUGGUGAAAGAAAUAGACUUACAAGUCCAGGAAGCGCAGAGAACCCCAAACAAGAGGAAUCCAAAGAGGACCACACAAGACACAUCAUACUUAAAAUGCCAAGGGCAAAAGACAAAGAGAGAAUCUUAAAAG